UCUGCACAGGAUGUGCUGACGUCUCCCGCUGAUUCUCCCGCUGAUUCUCCAGCUCUCCUCUCUGAAAUGGAGAUCUCUCUGCAGGGCUCCGCUUCAAACCUUUCCAAAACGUUCCUCAACACCAGCAUGCUACUAAAUGAAACUGGGAACUACACCAACGACCAGUUCGCCGACAUCAACCUCCUGGAAAUCCUGGGUCCAAAACGAUCCCCCUUCUUUCUCCAGGUGACCAGCGUUUACCUCCUCAUCUUUCUCACGGGCCUGUCUGGGAAUCUGCUCACGUGUGUGGUGAUAGCGAAGCACAAGAAGAUGCGUAACCCCACCAACCUGUACCUGGUGAGCCUGGCCAUGUCGGACCUGCUGGUGCUGCUGUUCGGGAUGCCCCUGGAGAUUUACGACCUGUGGCAGAACUACCCGUUCCCCUUUGGCGAGGGUGGCUGCUACUUCAAGACCUUCCUGUUCGAGACGGUCUGCUUCGCCUCGGUCCUCAACGUGACGGCGCUGAGCGUGGAGCGGUACAUCGCCGUGGUGCAUCCCCUGAAAACGCGAUACCUGUCGACGAAUCAGCACGCCAAGCAGGUCAUCACCAUCGUGUGGGCGGCGUCGAUGAUCUGCGCCAUCCCCAACACCUCACUGCACGGCAUCUUCUACCUGCCGGAGAGAAGGGAGGAGUCGGCCAUAUGCACCGUGCUGAAGCCCCUGUGGAUCUACAACAUGGUCAUGCAGAUCACCACCGUGUGCUUCUACUUCGUGCCCAUGAUGGUGAUCAGCGUCCUGUACCUGGUGAUGGGGCUUCACCUGGGCAGGGAGACGCGGCAGCCCUGCGGCAACCUGGGAAAGAACUGCAGCAGCAGCACUCGGAGGCAGAUCAGCGCGGAGAGCGGCCGCAGGAGACAGGUCAUCAAGAUGCUCUCGAUCGUGGUGGCUGUGUUCGGAGUGUGCUGGGCGCCCUUUCACAUCGAGCGGCUCCUGUGGAGCUCCAUCAGCCAGUGGACCGACUUGAUGCACAAUAUUUAUCAGUACGUCCACAUCCUGUCGGGCGUCCUCUUCUACCUCAGCUCCGCGGUCAAUCCCAUCAUCUACAGCCUGCUCUCGACGCGCUUCAGGGAGAGUUUCCGAGAGCUCGUGUGCUCCCAGACGGAGGACAACAGCUCUGUCAGAGACUCGCCGCCAUUCCCCAAAAUCCUCCUGGGUCCCUCCGUCUCAGGCUCCAGAGCUCAGGCGAAGGGUAAUGACUCGAAUGGUUUUAUCCCCCUGCUGUCCACCAACAUGACGCUGAGCAUGGACACCGCCAUCCUUACGUGUGCAUGCAAAGAGAUGACCUGCCAGACCUCUGUGUUCUAACGGAGAUUUCGAUUUGAAUAAACUAACGAGCAACUCAUCCACUUUAAAAGACAUUUGGGGAAAUGAGCUUGUUUAGUUUCUUGCUGAGAGUUCGAUGAGCAGAUGGAUACAAAGUUAGUUUGAAGCUAGAAGCUGCAGCUUGGUUUAGCAGAGAGAUGCAUACAGACUGGAAGUAAAAGCUGCCCUGGCUCUGUUGACACAAAUCAAACUUUCACUUAUUUAUUUGUUAUUGUGUAUUUAAUUUGUAAAAAACUCAAAAUGUCCCGCAAAUAACCCUUAAAACGUGUAUACAGGUAUUUAUGUACAUUGUUAUGCAUUAACCUUAUUAUACAUAAAUGCAACCUGCUCUUGAUGAUAAUUACUUGGAUGUUGCAAAGGCUCACCUGCUAAUAAUCAUCUUUUUCUCAUUGAUUUCAACUGGAUCCAAUCCAGGGUCUUUUAAAGUUUAUAUGUAAUACAGAGAUAUUCAGAAGAACAAAGUCAGGGAACACUAAAAGUUUUCAAAAAUGAAGCAACAUCCUUUGUAAAAGGUCAAACUCGAGAGAGUCUCCUGGUAUCUCUUGGUAUCUCCCAAUACGGAAAACCUGACAGAGAUACAGACAGAAUCAGUUCAAAGCGACUUCCCACUUGUCUGUUACUGUUGGGAAUGUAAAGUCUGACUAUUUUACUGGAAGGAAAAAUAUAAAGGUUGCAAAAUGUUCCUGACAAAAAAAAGAACCAAACCAAUUUAAAUCUUCAAUAAUGUAACAAGGAACAACACUUGUUUUUGUUGUGGUCAAUGUAUUUACAUUAAUGUCUGAUGAAUCUAAUGUGAUAUAUGCUGUUCACCAUGGGGACAGGUCGCCACAGUAUCACCGGGCCAACAUAUAACAAACAAUCAUUCACAUUCACACCUAAGGACAUUGUAGAGUCUCCAACCAGCCUUAUCUACGUGUCUCUGGACUGUGGGAGGAAACCCACACAGACACAGGGACAACAUGGGGCCAUGGUCCACCAUCAAGUUCCAAACCCACUUGUACUAACAGUGCUAACCACUGCUCCACCAAUCCGUCACUCAGGGAUGCUGGAGGUCAGCCAGAGUUCCUGAGAGAAAGUUAAUAUAUUACAGGCUACACAGAAAAUACACUAAACUUUCUAAAAAUGAAAUGAAAUAUUAGAAAAUUUCAAGGCUACCAUGCUACUUUUGAAAUAUUACUAUUACUCAAUAAAAUAAACCUUUGCCUUUGCCUUGCACUCCUUGUCAGCAGGGGGUGCUGCAGCCCCCUCAGCACCCCCUGCUGUCCUUGCCACCACUUCAGUUUUAAACUAUUAAAGUUUGUUUCCCUGUUUUGUGCUCACGGACAGAGCCUGGCCAGAUGUGUCCCCUGGAUUCCAGUCUUUAUGCUAAUAUUUACACUCACACCUUUCUCUUCUUGCAAAGAAGGAGAAUAACACAAAAUGUUAAACUAUACCUUUAACUUUACUGCCUGUCAUUGCAAAGCUUGUACGUAAACUUUGGUUUGGUUCCUUUGUGACACUGUGGUUCUCGCACUCCCCCCCCCCCCCGACACUGCACGACGAGGCUGGAAAUCAGUCGGACGCUAAAUGUAUUCAGCAACAAAAUCGGGCUCAACUCGCACAGCGAACACCCGGAUUGACAACGGAUGCUCUUGUUCAACAGUGCCUGCACAUUCCACCUGCUGUCUAAUACCAUAACUGCUGUUUGCCUUAUAGGACGGUGUGAUAUCUGACCUGAAUCAUAAUGUUGUACUUGAAUCAUCUUGUCUUUCUUCUUUUGGAACAUUGACGUUGUGUUGCUAGGCGGCGAAAAACCGGUCAAAUCAUGGUGUGUGUCAAACAACCAAAUGAAUGUAAUGCUUUAUCGUGGGCUUCUGCUCUGGUUUUGUCUCUUGUUGAAUGGCCUGCCCUCCAGUACAUGAUUUGAAUGACUGGUAAGCUGUUGUUCACCGUGAUUGCAAAAAUGAAAAGUGAUUAUGGCUAUUGUGCAGUGCCUAAUGUGAAAAGCUUCACAAUAAAUGU